AGAAGGAAAGUGGGAGGGGAUACAAAACAAGGACGCGUGUUUGUUGAUUUGCUUGCGAACUCUGCCCGUGGAGAAGUGUUUUCGUCGCUAGGCGUGUGUGCUCUUUUGUUUCGCGUGGUUCUCCCACCUAAACCCCCCUCCACGUACCAACCAUCUUGUGUUACGUUUGGAAUUAUCUUCUUUUUUUAUUCUUCGGAGCGCCGCGUGAACGUGACGCAAGACAAGUAGCUGCGCGCGCACACACACCCACACGCCAGGCCGCUACCGUUGUGGCGGAGGAAAAAAAAAGAAGAGAAAAAAGGGGGACAAUCGACCUUAUGGCGCCUCUCACCUUUCCUCCUCUCGCGGCCGCCAUCUUGGGCUCCGGUCUCCAGCAGAGAGCGCUGCGGGCCUCCAGCCAGUCGGGCACACGGUAGCCUGACGCCAGGCCGUGUCGAGUGCUGUUUUUUUUUGUUUUCCGUACCUGUCCGUGCCGAUUCUUUGCCUUGUUUUCCUCUCUUGCGCGCGUUCGGCAGUCUUCUCGACGUAGUGCGUGUGAAUUGACUGUGCUUCGCCAUCUUACCCUCCCCCCCCCCCUUCUUUAUGUUUUCGUUUCCACCAAGAAAUCAACCUGUGACGUUCAUACAACAUAAUAAAUAUUUUUUUUUAAUGAAGUUCGUCUCUUCGUUGCCCGUGUGAUCAGUGAUUUCAAAAGUGUUUACAAAGUGCGUUUCAUUGUUGGCAGUUUUUUUUCUUCUUGUUGUGUGGUGACAGCUGGUUCGACAGUGUGUGCUGUGUGUGACGGAUAAUAAAAACAAAAUAAAUAAAUAAUCCUCUUUUGUCAUGAGUGCGGAAGGAAUAUUCCCGCGCCAGAACUCCGUCUUCUCACACCUGUAACUUUCAUGACGAUGCACACCCCCGUGGGCACCAUGGACGCCUCCCUGCGCACCCACGAGGUGGUGGACAUCCCCGCCGAGAUGUGCUCCAGCAAGGAGGACCAGGACUUCGCCAACGGCAUCCUGUGCAUCCAGGAGGAGCUGGGGCAGGUGAGCCUGCAGCCGCCCCCGCCGCCGCCGCCGCCGCCGCCGCCGCCGCCGCUGAGCGACCAGAGCGACAGCAGCCAGGACGAGGGGCAGCGCGCCGCCCCCUGCUCGGGGGUGGUCAUCCACGGGCCCUCGGCGGGGCAGCGCUCGGGCUGGAUCGACGGUCUGCUGGGCUGCCUGCGGCCCGUAUGGACCAUCAUCGGCAAGGCCACCAACAACGAGAUCAAGGGCCGCCAAGACGACUGGGAGAUCCUGUUCGAGACCAUCAGCGACCUGAAGUGGCUGGGGUCGGGCGCGCAGGGGGCCGUGUUCAGCGGCAAGCUGCGCGGCGAGGUGGUGGCCGUGAAGAAGGUGCGGGAGCAGAAGGAGACGGACAUCCGCCACCUCCGCAAGCUCAACCACCCCAACAUCGUGCAGUUCAAGGGCGUCUGCACGCUGGCUCCCUGCUACUGCAUCAUCAUGGAGUACUGCCCCUUCGGCCCGCUCUACAACCUGCUGAAGGACGGGGAGCUGGUCCCGCCCGCCAAGCUCGUCAAGUGGGCCAAGGAGAUCGCCUCCGGCAUGCACUACCUGCACUCCCACAAGAUCAUCCACCGAGAUCUGAAGAGCCCCAAUGUGUUGAUCGGCCGGGGUGAAGUGGUGAAGAUCAGCGACUUCGGGACGAGCAGGGAGUGGAACGAGAUCAGCACGAAGAUGACGUUCGCCGGCACGGUGGCGUGGAUGGCCCCGGAGAUCAUACGCAACGAGCCGUGCUCCGAGAAAGUGGACAUUUGGUCGUACGGCGUGGUGCUGUGGGAACUGCUGACCUGCGAGACGCCCUACAAGAACGUCGACUCGUCUGCCAUCAUGUUCGGGGUGGGCAACCACUCGCUGCACCUGCCCAUCCCGGCCACCUGCCCCGCGGGCUUCCGCCUGCUGGUGAGGCAGUGCUGGAGCGCCAAGCCGCGCAACCGGCCCUCCUUCAAGCACAUCCUGCUGCACCUGGACAUCGCCGGCGCCGAGCUGCUGGCCACGUCCCCCCACGAGUACCUCCAGACCCAGGCCACCUGGAGGCAGGAGAUCCGCCUGCAGAUGCAGCAGGUCCAGUCGCACGGCAGCCACAUGUCGCGCUUCGAGGCGGACCUGGUGAAGAAGCGCAACGAGGAGCUGAAGCACGCGCAGGACAUCCGGGACCACUACGAGCUGAAGCUGGACCGCGUGAACAGCAUGUACCUGGAGAUCAUCGCGCGCAACCUGCAGUUCGAGCAGGAGCGGGAGGAGCUGCGGCUCAAGACGCUGCAGGUGGACCAGCAGCGCCAGCUGCUCGAGGUGAAGAGGCGGCAGGUGCAGCAGUGGGAGCAGCUGCUCAUCAAGCGGGAGAAGAAGGUGGGCAUGAAGAACAAGAAGCAAUUCGCCGGCAAGCAGCGGCAGUCGCUGGCCAACCGGUCCACGCCCACGUCGCCCGAGCAGAACACCAGCAGCCCGGACUCCCCUCAGAACUGGGCGCGAGGGAACCCCGUGGUGGCGAGCCUGGUGCUGGACGGCGACAUGCUGCCCAGGGCGAUCGUGGCGCCGGGCUGCGACGGGCUGCUGCGGCAGCGCAGGUUCCGGCACCGCAGGACUGCCUCGGGGGGCAAGGGGGGCCCUAGCGCGGCCCGAUCCAGCCCAAGCCAGGAGCGCAAGGCCGACCAGGCGGAGGAGCGCCAGCGGGCGGAGCACGGCACGCAGACCGAGAUGGAGAUCAGCGACACGGACACCAGCCCCAACCCCCGCGCGGCGGAGCGGCACUUCGGGGACGGCGAGGGGGCGGGGGAGUCGGGCGGCCAGUCCCCGGGGGGCGGCAGCCUCAACGGCAACACGGUCCCGGGCGGAGCCCUGGAGACCUACCCCUCGUUCCUGGACAAGGCGGACGAGUUCGACGAGGACCGCAACAGCAACGCGCGGCUGCGCCUGCCCGAGUGCAGCGACGACGACCACCUGGAGAGCCUGGGCCGCAAGGUGAGCCGGAUCCUGAACGGCAACGCGGGCGACGCGGAGAGCAACGGCAACCGCCCGGAGCCGGGCGUGCUGGACGAGGGCCUGGCCCGCAGGCUGGCCGCCGGCCGGGACCUGGUGUGCGGCUACCGCGGCGUCGUCCUGUCGGGCAACGUGGCCCGCCCCGUGACGGGCCGGCUGCGGGGGGCCGGCAGCUCCGAGACGCUCGACUCCCGGUCCAGCCGCGAGGAGCCCUACGAGAGCUGGUCCGAGGGCGAGGGCGACGGCCUCUCCGCGUACUCCCUGCGGCGCCGUAGCCUGGCGCGCAAGCCCAUCGGGCCGGGCCGCCGGCUCAAGAAGCUGAAGCUGGGGCGGGGCUCGGAGGGCAACCUCAGCGACGAGGAGAACACCCCCGACUACAGCCACCCGCCGUCCAGCCAGUGCUCCACCCUGGAGAGCAACCCCGACCUGGCGCAGGUCAUGCGCGCGCUGGGGGCCGACGCGCCCCCGCCCGCCGCCAAGAGGCCGCACGGCGCCGCCAGGGAGAAAUCCGUUAACGGAAACACUCCCGACAGCUCGGACUCAGAGUCGGACAACGCAAGCAGCAUGACGGUGGCCACGCAGCUGGGCAAGUCUUCUCGCGUCGAAACUGUCGUCUGAUGUUAAACACGCUACGCUGAAGGAAAUCAUCCCUUUUGAACAAGUACAAUGUCGGUGUUUUGUAUUAGAUUACAGCCAUUAGUUGCAGUUUUUGAAGCUACGAACAGUUGGUCUGUUUGUGGUACUCAUAUGUCUUGCAAAACAUUGUAAAACUGCCAUUAGUUACAAAUAAAUAUUGUAAUCCUUCUCUGCGACGGGGACAAACGUGGACGUGAACCGAUCUUCAGAGCGGACAGAGCUCCAGAGUAUUGACGGCAAGGACGGACGUGCAACGUUGAUUGGUGGGCCACACAGACGUACCUCGACACAAUUUGUAUUGCAAGUGUAAAUAUUAAUAAAAUAGUUAUAUGGCCAUAUAAUAGCACUAUUUAUAAGUAUGUGUAGACUCUUGUCUUCUGUUUGUCUCUAGUUGAGACUCAUAGUUUUUUACAAAUUGUUUUUUGUUUGGGAUGCUGAAUAGUUGUAAUUUGUAGGUGUUAAGAUGCUUUUUUUUUUUUUUUAGAACGGCUAGUUUGCAGGACAGUUGUCGAUUAUGAAAGGGAUGUAAUAAUUUGUUUUACAUUUUGAGUAAUUAUUUAUUAACUUGUGCAAGUUUCCUAUAGGUGCGUACAUUUCAAUUUUGUUUUUCUAUGUGAAUAUGAAAUGAGACUGAAGAUUAAGUAAAGUGUGUUCUGUACAGUAAUGGCAAAAUGUUUUAUGGGUGGAAUAGAUAAUCUAUUUUAAUUAAAAAUAUUUAUUUUUGACUACAUCAUGGCACAGUAUAGCCCAAGAAAAUUGAUUUGUUUUAAAAUAAAAUUCAACUCCACAUUAAAAAUUCUUUUUGAACAGGCAUGAUUUCUUAUUAGGUGAAAAUUCCCUAGUUGUGGAAUUAAUUAUUUUUAUAAUGAAAGAUAAAAUUGGUUUAUUGGUAAUAUUUCAUGAAAUUUGUCUUAGGUUUUAUGGCAUAUAUUUUUAUAUUUUUACAGAAAUAUAUGUGAAAAAAGUUAUGCGUGUUUCGAAGGAAGUUUAAUGCUAAGCACAGUCUGCAAUUACAAAUGUAUAAUGUUAAAAUCAGUUUAGUCAUAAUGUGUAUACUGGAAUAAAACUUGAUAAACUAUGUAAGACUACAUAUUUAACUGUGCAUAUGUUAAUAUUUACACAUGAUUCAAUCACAUUCCAUUGUACUUAUUACAGAUUAUUUUGUAGUUAUUAUGUCACUAGAAAAAUUUCAGUAUCACAAUUUUAUGUGGAAUCCAAACGUUUGUACAAUUUUAGUGGAAAUGUUGCAAAAACCAUGUACAUUUAUAAACUUUUUUGAAUCUAUAUUUUAGGGAACUUAAGAAGUAUCAUGAAAGUGAAUAAUUUUUAACUAAAGAAUAUAAGCAAUUGUUGAUUCCACAGUAGAACAAAAUAAUUUGUAAAAGCACGUCGAUGUAUCAGUGAUUGCAUGCAGUUGUAAUCUAAACACAAUGAAAAUGUUGCAGCAUGUUAAAAGUUAUUAAAACAUGUAUUAUGAAUUUAAAAAAUAGUGUGAUGUUAGCGGUACUAGAAAUGAAGUUAAAAAGCUGGAAAUAAAUUUUUUUUAUGUUGAUUCAAAAUUAAUCGCAUUAUUUUUAAUGCACAUUGUUGAAAAACCCUGUCAGUGUAUAUUUAGGGGUAUACCAAUGUUAUCUAGGCCUGUGCGAAUUAGAUUUUUAGUUCCAGCCAAAUUUUAAAAUAAAAAUAUUUUCAAAAAUUUAUAUAUGAUUCUGGAUGAUAUGUAGAAAAUUUUUGAUUGAAUAAGAAAAUAUAUUAGUUUGUGAAUGCCACAUUUUAAAAAUAAAUUGGAAUUGCUGCUAUGAAAUGAAGUUACAGUAAAACCUUUUUGUUGCAACCCCAUUUAUUGCGACCACCUCUCUAUUACAACCCGAUUUCGAGGAACCGUGAAAAAAUUGCCGAAUAUCCGAAGAAAAUCGGACAGAAAAUAAGUUUCUUGUGGUGAGUAGCGUGUUACUGGGUUUCUCUUGCAGAGUGCUGUACUGCCGUAGGCAGCGCAUAUCUAAAAAUAGAUACCACUUCCUGUCGACCGCUGUCAGAGCUUGACAACCCCCAUUCCACGUCCCUUCAAUGCAAGAAAAACCCUCCAGCCGCAGCGUGUGAACAUGGUAGUCUGCCACUCGCUCACCCGCCCUUGCUCACCCUCUCCCCAUACCGUGCGCUGCGGCCGAUCUCGGAUGCUGCUUGUACUUGUUAACAAUCACGUUAUCUGCUUCAUUUUAACGAGGAGAGUAAAAAUAUAUCAAAACUGUCAGAAAAUUGAUAAAAGCUUUAUGUUUUAGCAAAACAGGGCAAUACACUGGCCCGCCAGUUGUUUUCAUUCAAAACGUGGCUAAAGAACUUGCAAGGAUCAGGCUGAUAACAUCUGGCAAUAUGUGUAGGUUAUAAGGAAUCUUGUUAUGAAUUGAGAUGUUAUGUUUUUCGAGUAGAUAUACACAGCGACCGACUGGAUGCACGCCUGCCUCGACUUGUUUUAACUGCCGCAGCGAUGUUUAUUUUGACAGCUCAAGCAAUUAUCUUUUCCCGUGGGUUGACAGAAAAAGGUCGCUUCACCCGGCAUAAAAAAAAAAGUCUACGCCACUUAUUCCCCACGCAGGAAACACACUGGCUGCCUCCUGUCUCCCCCGCAUUUAUCUUUCUUCUAACAUUCCACGUCUCGCUUCUCGCACGAGCAAUAACGAAGCGACCACACAUUGGGCUGUUUUAUGCUUUGUUUGGUGACAGCAGCUUGAUUUUAUUCGGUAUAUGUAUUCCUUUUCAUUGGACCCUUGCUAUUAAAAUACAUUUAUAUUUAAGUUUGAAAGCUUGUAAAUUCCUUGCCAGAGAUUACUUAACUCGAACUUGGUGUGAAAAGUACAUAUUUUGACUUUUUUUUUUUUGGGGCGUGUUUGGGGGGGAGGGUUCCGAAAAUAUUUACAUCGAUCUUACCCCUCCCUCACCACUUUAGUACCCCAUUCAUAAUAGCCCAAUUUUACGGGAGAAGGGUGGGUGAAAUGAGCAUUUUCUCACUGAAGGUUUUUCAAAGGGGAGCGAAGUUGGGGUGUUAUAAGGGUAUGACACUAGAUGGUUUGUGUGUCUGGGAGGGAUGAGCUAGACUUGAAGAAUGUACACGAGGGGAGGGAGGGGUGAGAUUAUCCGUCAUGAAGCCGCUGCUGCCAGCCAGCCGGGCGAGCUUCGUGUGCGCCCACUCGCGUUGCAGAACCUACCACUGCCAUAUUUUUAAAGGAAAUGUCCCAUUAUUUUUUUGUUAUUCUUACAUGAACAUUAUUGGAAGAAUUAAAGCCGACACAAAAAUACGCUGUGUGAAAAUUAACAGAUUUUAAUGAUCUUUCAUUUUUUUUUCUAUUUUUUUUUUCUGAUGUUCACAUUUUGGUCAAAAUGUCCAAUUUUUUGACGGUUCUCAAGAAUGUAUUCUUAAAAUCACUGCUUCAUUAAAUCCGGGGUUCAUGACAUCGGGGUUCUAGUGUAUUUCACUACGGCAAGCAGAAAACGUACAUGUAAACUAACCAGUAAAAAUAAACUGUCUUUUGACAUAUUUUCUUUAGAGGUGGCUUGUAGGGCGACCGACUUGUCAUGAAGGUUGAAGUGGGUUUAAAGCAAAGCCAUCUAGCAUUGUGAGUGACAGCAUCCUGCCAUUGUACGGCUGGUUUCUUAGCGAGUAUCGGUUUGGAAAAGGGGGGGGGGGGGGGGGGGGGUGAAAUCAACUGAAAAUUUCGGAAAACAUCUAUUACAACCCCCCCUCUAUUAAGACCCUAUUCCUGGGAACCGUGAGGGGUCGUUUCAGAGAGGUUUGACUGUAGAUAUUUCAUGGUAAUGGUUAAAAAAAUUUUAAAUUUAAGUUUUGAGUUUUUCAUUGUUCUCUUGUUUUCAACUUGUUAGGAAAACUCUAGUUCACAAAUUGUCCUGCCAUUUGAACUUCAAUCAUUAUGCUAUUAACUCAGUGUAUGUUCAAAUAAACUAUGGCUAACUAUACUGGGUCCCAUUAAUAAAUAUAUUUUAUUUAUAAUUUGCUAUAUUUUUUUUAAUACAAUUUUAUGUCUCAAACGGUUGUGUGAUUUCUUACACAAGGUGAUAUAAAACAGCUUCACUGCUCUUAAAAUACAACGGAAUAUUUGUUAUUUAUGAAGUAUAAGUACGUAUUUAAAAUCAAAUUUGAAAAAUAUUUUUGGUCUUGGUACUUUGUAAUUUCAAAUGUUCGCACAGGCCUCACAUUCUCUUGACCACUGAAAACAUUUCAACACUUCUAGCCUGAACACUUAUGUACUUAAGUCCAUUAAAAUCAAGAAACAUA